AUGGCAACCACGAUCACGCUUCAACCCUGGAUCGGAGGAGCAGCCGCUCUCCUUCUCCCAGCCCUUAUUGUUCUACGAUGCAUGUAUCGUCUUUACGUGCAUCCAUUGUCGGUCGUACCUGGGCCAAAAGUAGCAGCACUCACUUCGCUAUGGCUUGCCUAUCACACAUACGUCGGAGACGAGAGCAGCGUAAUAUUCGAUUUGCACAAGAAAUACGGCCCAAUCAUCCGCGUGGCACCCAAUGACGUUGAUAUCGACGAUGGAGAUGCCGUAGACCCCAUCUACGUCGCCCAGGGUGGCUUUCCCAAGACACCACAAUAUUCAAAAUUUGAUAUUGACGGACACACGACCAUCUUCUCGAGCUUGACUCUGCCAGUGCGGGCUCAGCGCGCAAAAGCCGUUGCUCCGCUUUUUUCAACGGCAUCUAUCCGCAAUGCCAACGCAAAGCUGGAACAGGUAGUCGAUGACUUUGUCCGUCGAAUGCGUACAGAGGCCGCUCGUACAGGUCAGCCGGUAAAUGUGCUGAAUGCUGCUCGAUCCAUGGCCAUUGAUGCCGUUAGCUCGUAUCUCUUCCAGCAACAGUAUGGAGCUAUCGGCGAGCAAACAUCAGCCAUGUCAGCGUCACCAUUUGUAGAUGCUUAUGUCGGUGUUGGUGCCUUUUUCAAUCUGCUUCCUGGGAUAAUUGGAGACUUUGUACAGACCAUGGCAGAUCACUGGGCCACGAAUGCGAAAACGGAGGCCGCCUUUCAACUCAUGGAUCGCUUUACCAACCAGCUUGUGUCCUCCUCCGUGCCCAAAAGCGGUAGCUACCAGAGUCGGUUGCUGGAGCAAGUUUCCCCGCAACAGUCACAAAUCGAAUUGAAGGACGUCUGUUUCGCAGGCACAGAUUCGACGAGCAUGAACACAGCUACGAUAAUGUGGUAUUUGACGAAGUACCCUGGAAUCUAUAAUCGCCUCCGGGAGGAAGUCAGACAAAGAAUUGCCAACAAUGAAGACCCGGCCACAGGACCCUAUCUACGAGGAGUUGUGCGCGAAGGCCUUCGACUUUCAUGGGCGAAUCCGACCCGAUUACCUCGCAUGGUCCCUAAAGGGGGUUGGCAGUUUAAAGGCCAUUUCUUCCCCGAAGGGACCAGUGUUGGUAUAUCCGCUUUCCAAUUACAUCAGGACGCGAUUGUUUUUCCAGAACCGCACAAUUUUCAACCGGAACGCUGGGAAAACCCGACAGAUGCGAUGCUAACCAAUUUCUUUGCGUUUGGAAAAGGCUCGAGGACGUGCAUAGCAAAAAACUUGGCAAUGGUCGAGCUCACUUUGGCUACGAUGAAAGUGGCAGAGACUGAUAUACUUCGAGACGCGGAACUAGUCACUGAUCGUAUUGAGAUAAAGGAAUGGUUUAACUCAAGGGUUAGAGGGGAAGAGAUCCUGAUCAGGAUCAAGUCCUAA